AUGACGACCAGUAGCACCCGAACAAAUGAGCGGGAGGACGUUGCCUCCCAUCGAACCCAGGACACGGAUUGGGUUAUAGUCAAGGAAGAGAUCAGUGAAGGUUACGAGUUGAUUGAUGCAGCCGAGGCUCAGUGCUGGUGUGGCGGCUCAGAUGCCGAGCGUUGUCGCCUUCGUGGACACACUUGGCCGCUCUGCAACAUCGACCAGGGUGAGUUGUGGCCAGAAAGCCCCGACGGGAUUCUUUAUCAGCCACACGAAGAAGAAACCGAGACGGAGAGCUCUGAUUCCCCUGAUGAGCGGACCGCCAGCAGAGAGUCCAACGCUGACGACUCAAAGGAAAUCGCACGGAAGCCAACGCCGCAGAAAGAGACCCAUGAACCAUGGCAUUACGAGAGAGGUCCAUUCACCACCCUCGCCGUUUUGACUGAGAUGUUGGACAAAGGCAGGUAUACUGGAGCUUGA